UGCAGCCGAACCUCAAUAAGAUCCGAAGCUGAGUGCCGAUGAUGAAGUCCUUCGUAUUGGGUGAGGUCAGACCUCCAACCGACGAAGAUUUUGAAUACUUCAAAUGGGUGGCCGUGGAUCAAAGCCAAUGGAAAAAGCACCAUGGAAAGAAGCAUGUUUGCGUGUAUACCCGAUCCACUGAGGUGUCUAAUUUCAAAAUGAUCAAAGUUACAGCUGAAAUUUCAGACUUAUCAGCAGAUGUAUUGUACGAUACUUUGCAUGAUCCAGACUAUCGAGCCAUCUGGGACAAGACUAUGAGAGAGAGCUCUGAAAUCUGCACAGUUGCUCAUAACAGCCGGAUUGAAUAUCAUGCAACAGUUAAAGCCCCAUUUGCGUUUGCGAACCGGGAUUUUGUUUUGAAUCGAGUCUGGAGGAUAAACGGGAACGAGUACAUAAUCUUUAACCGAUCCGUCUUUCACAAGAAAAUGCCCCCCAGGAAAGAAUAUAUUCGUGCCUUGACAUAUCUGACAGGGUACCUUAUUGUGAAAACCGGUCCUAACACGUGCAAUUUCGUAUACGUAACACAAAAUGACCCGCGAGGUGAUAUUCCAGUUUGGGCCAUUAAUCUUGGAACCAAAUCGCUGGUCCCGGGGCUGAUGAAAGCUUUGCAUCAAGCCGCCCUCAGAUAUCCUGCAUGGAAGGAACAACAUGAACCCCACUUCAAGCCGUGGCGCUUUGCUGAACAACACGACAAUAAUUGUCCGCUGUUGGACAUGAAUGAUAUCCUCAAUCAACCAGACUUACCCAAGACACGAAUCGACGAAACCAACGUUAACGAGAGCGCUGCGUUACAUGAGGUGGAAGACGAGGACUUAUCAGAUAGUGAAUGACAUCCUGAGUGUUAAUUUGAAAACGACCAACCAUCUACUCUGAUCCAUUUUUUACUUCUUACUUCAACUCUUAUGAUUCAAAUUUUCUUACUUUUUCUGAACUAAAUUUCAUGAAUGCGUUUUGAAGCACAGCUUUUAAUAUUUGUGUAUACACAGUUUCUUGUUUUUAUAUUUUUUCAGCUUAUUCCGACUGAGUUUCUUUCGCAAAUAAUUUGAAACUGCAAUCACGUUGCCUGAAACUUUUACUCGGCGUUUAAAGGCUUUUGUAAAUACUCGAUCGCCUUUUUUGAAUGUCCCUAAUAUGUCUUUCAAUGUCGCGACCAUCUGCUUGUACCACUUUUAAGAUGCUGACCGAUGUACUCCGUUCUGUGUGUCCUAUUUUAUCACAAACCGUGUGUGCACGUUCAAAUGACGCAACUACAUGAAGUGAUUCAAGUGCAUGUUUUUCAUUGGGCUUAUUUGCUCUGCGAGCCGG